GUCAACAUGUUAUAACGCGUGGCACAGCAGCAUGGUGCAGAAGCGCAAUGUGGUCUCGAUCCUCUUGCCGACGUGGAACGAGCAAGAGACGCUGCCGCUCGUGGUCUGGCACAUCCACGAGGCCUGCACCGAGAGGCUUGUCGACUACGAGCUCGUGAUCGUGGAAGACAACAGCGACGACGGGUCGCUCCAGGUGGCGCAGAAGCUGCAGGGCAUCUACGGUAGCAGCCGGCUCGUUAUCGUGGCACGGAAAGGCCGCCUCGGGCUCUUCUCGGCGCUUGUCGAUGGGCUGCUCAAGGCCACGGGCGAUUAUAUCGUUGUGCUGCCGGCCAACUUCACACAGCACCCCAAGUACAUUCCUCACUUGGUUGCGCAGCAGGAAGCCACACAAGCUGAUAUUGUCGCAAGCUCGCGCUUUGGCGACGACCACAACGGAGUCUGUGGCUGGAGCUUUGGGCAGCGUCUGCAGUGCUGUGUGAAGACCGUUCUCGCGGAUCUUUUGUUCUCUCUGCGCCUGUCGGACCCCACGUCGAGCUAUCGGCUCUACAAGCGCCAAGUGUUUGCUCAGCUCGUGCAUGCUCUUGGCGAUACAAGGACAGCGGACUCUGCUUGCCAUCUUGGUCUCGCGUUCGCCGUGGCCGCGCAAUCGAUGCACUGUACGGUCGCUGAGGUACCUGUGACGGCCAUGCAGCCUGUGUACAGCGACAAGGACGACGUCGCCCUGGCGUCGGUCGGGCGCUUUGCCGUGCAUGCCAUCGGCCUCUACCUUCGGCAAUGAGGCUUCGUAACGGCUGGGGACAUUAACAAAGCACGAUCGUAUUUGGUUUGGUUUAUUUUAUAGCUAGUGAAUACAAUAUUCAAGAUGCAC